AUUGGUACCCGUCCAAUCACACGCUCGGUCUCACUUUUCAUCCUUUCUUUCAGAGUCAUGGCGCUGAUAAAGAAGUUCCGUCUCGGUUUCAAAGAUGUCGAGGUUCUUACUGAUAUUUACCAGAGCCCUCAGCCGGGAAAUGUGCAUCAGUUUGAGAACAUGCUGAGUCCUUUCAGGUCUGAAACAAAACCCAAACAUGAUUUGGAUUCUGCGUCACAGAGUUCCGAAGAGGAACCAUGGACCAUCACAGAUCAGGAUUUAGAGAGGAAUUGGGCAAAGAGCCUCCGUCAGAUCCGUCUGAACGAGGUUCUGCAGGAGUUCUCCAGAGACGCAGCUCUGAUUGUCAUAACCAUGCCUGUAGCCAGGAGAGGGCGCUGUCCUACAACACUCUUCAUGGCCUGGCUGGAUUUCCUGUCACGUGACCUGAGAGCUCCAGUCCUGUUGGUCAGAGGAAACCAGGAGAAUGUUCUAACCUUUUACUGCCAGUGACUUCCCAUCGUCUGAUCCAUUAAAUAAAAAAUAUUUCAGUCAUUUAUCGUCUGUCUGGUCGCCUGUCUGAGAUCACAACAAAUCAUCUGGACUUGUUUCAAAGAUGCUGUGAUGUUUAAUAAAUCUGCUGUUUUUAAUUCA